AUGAAAGGAAAUAUUCCUGAACUUUGUGACAAGAGAGAAGCGAGAGAGAAGAGGAUUAUAAGAAUUCCACAACGUUACCUUCCUUUUUCAGACCACUAUUCUUCGUCCACAUCUGCUGCUGCUGCUGGUAAAUCAAGCAGAUCUGUCCCCAAGAAGAAGAAGAAGAAGAAAGAUGAGAGAAGUCUGUCUCAAGAAGAACAGAGAUUGCCGCAGACUGGUGGUGGUUCAGAUGAAUUCAUGGCUGAGGCUAACCAUGAAGAAGCUGCUGCUGCUGCUGCUGCAUUUCCGAAGGUGGAAGCAGAGAAAGCUGCUGCUGUCGUACAAAAGAUGGAUAUGAGCACCCCCACGCCCAAUCCGCCUGUGCCUGUCAAGAACUGGGUCCGAUUGAUGUUCAAAAACAACCAGUAUUCUGAUUCCAACAAGCUUGUUGGAUUACAAUGCAAGAUUUAUUGGCCACUCGAUGACGCAUGGUAUACUGCUCGUCUGAAAGAGUACAAUACAGAAACUGGUUACCACCAUGUUUUGUAUGAUGAUGGUGAUGAAGAAGAUGUGCUCUUGAGGAGGUUGAAGAUCCAGUUUUUGAUAUCUGAAGAAGAGCUUCAACAACUAAGGUUGAGUCCUUACAGCAGCACUAUAGCCUCUGAUGACUUGAACCAAGUUCAAACCACCGGCCACAGUUUUGAUCACAGACAAGAGCUUAAACCGGGGGAUGUCACUUGGGCUAAGCUUGCUGGUCAUUCUGCAUGGCCAGCUCUUGUUCUUGAAGAAGAACUAGUGGCUGGUUGUAAAGGUCUUCGUAAGGGAAAGAAGGAUGGCCAGAAGUCCUACCCUGUUCAAUUCUUUGGCACACAUGAUCUGGCCCGGGUCAAGAUAACAGAGACAACUCCAUUUUAUACCGGAUUUGUUUCGUGCUUGCAUCACAAGUGCAAGAAACCGACUUUUGUCAGAGGUGUAGGAGAGGCUAAAUUAUAUCUAAGUGAGAAGAAGCUACCAGAAGAGAUGUUGCUAAUGCAAAGUGAUACUACUGAUGAGGAUGAAGUUUCUGAAGAUGCAAGUCAGGAGGAUGAUGAAGAAGAGGUAGAAGAAGAAGAAGAAGAAGGUGGAAGUGUUGAUUCAAAGGAUGAUGAGAAGAAGAAUGUCGAUGAAGAAAAUGAGGAUGAUAAUUAA